AUGCCUGGUCUGGAAUGGCUGGGCCUCUCGGAGCAGAAAGUAAGCGAAACAGCCAAGAACGUCGCAUUGUCAAAACAACUAGCUGUCAUUAUCGAAGCUGCUGAAGAGGCUUUGAAAAAUGCAGGCAAAUCAAAUGUGUUGGGAAAACAGCAGCAGGUUUUGGAGUAUAUAAACAAGAAACAAAUGUUUCAGGGAACAUUACUGUAUCAACUGGGAACCAAAAUUAAACCGCAGUGUGCAAAACAUAUCCCAUUAUUGGUUAACUAUAUUAUUUCUGAUGGAAUCAGGACCGAAGCUCAGGCAAGUGAUCUCACGGCAAGCUUGGACUAUCUCCUUGCAAAUGCUGUUCACGAUUUUGAAAUAGCUGAGCUUGAAAAAGCUUGCGGCGUUGGUGUUUUAGUGUCUGCUGAUGAGAUAGAAGACGCAGUCACCAAGGUAUUCAAGAAGUAUAACGAGCAAUUAAUAGCUGAACGGUAUGCAUUCAAUGUAGGAAAACUGUUAGGAGAAAUCCGUUCGAUGUUACCUUGGGCCGAUGGAGGUUAUGUAAAAAAGGAAGUAGACCUUCGUAUUCUCGAACUCCUCGGUCCUAAAACAAUUGACGAAUUAAUACCGAAGAAAAAGGUGCGGAAAGAGGAAAAACCCAGCAAGAAAGGUGCGACUAUAAAGAGCGACCACCCAGAGGAAAGUGUCGCUCUGGCGCAGAAUGGUUUAAUUGAAGAGAGUAAUGGUGCUGCGACGAUCGAAGAGCUCAUGCGCACUCGAGCAAAUUUUCACAAGGUUGGUGAAAAUUACACCACUGAUGGAUACAUCACCACUCCGCAUACGAAGGAGCUGCUAAGGAAACAUUUUGAAGCUACCGGAGGAAAAGUCAUCACACGGUUUCCACCAGAACCGAAUGGGGUUUUGCACAUUGGACAUGCGAAGGCUAUUAAUAUCAAUUUUGGAUAUGCUAAGGUAAUCGUUGCCCCCAACUUUUUUUGGCGAAAGGCUUUCUUUUUCGAUCAGUUAGCAGAGACAGUUGUUUUAAGGCAUACGGAGGAAUGUGUAACUUGA